AUGCCCUCCGCCGUGAACCAGGACGAUCUCAGCAAGUCUUUACUUGCUUUUGUGGCGGACGGGAAGUACCCCGACUCCGAAGAUGUUAUAUCUGCCAAUAUUGCCCCUGGUUUCCUGCCGAAAGGAUUACGAGAUGUAUCAAUGGCCCGCGCACAGGUAGAGGAUGAAAUCAAUUCACUUAGCCGAGAUACAGUUUCAGAUGUCGACGGAUGGAUGUCUCAGGCUCGCCAGCUGCGUGCGGAUAUUGAGCGAUCCCGAGAAACUGCACGUAAUAUUGUCGCCCAGCACGAGCGAACUCAACCUCUGCGUGCCCGAGUCGAAGAUGCCGCUGCGAAAGUGAAGCUUAUUAAUACCGAACUUGCUUUUAACGAAGGGGUUACGCAUGUUUUGGAAGAAGUACAGAAGUUUUCUGCCUACAUUUCCAGCGGCCGGAAAGCUGUCGAAGGGGAACGGAUCAAUGAAUCCAUCACAUCUCUUGAAGCCGCGCAGGAAUUCCUCCAAAGCUCGAACUUGUCGAAAUAUAGCAACGUUGCAAGCUUAGUGCAAGGGAGAUCAUCCUCUCUGCGCAAUGAUAUCGUCAAUUUGCUGCUGUCAUGCUGGACUCGGCAGGUGCGCGUUAGCAAGAAUGAGCUUGAAAUCCGCCCAAACAAGGAGACUGAGCAAUCAGCGCUAUCGAAUAUUUUAACGUCGCUAUCUCGUCUUGACAUUCUUGACUCAGUGAAUGGUUCAUUUCAGCAAGGGCUUUUAGAUGACAUAAUUCAGCCGAUCCUUAUGCUGGAUAGUCCCGGGAAGAGCCGUGGCGUUUCUGUGGAGGACAACGGCGUCUAUGUGGGAGAGCCUUCAUCUUCAUCGAUCCCUGAAGUCAUCGACCGACUUCUUUUAGUUUUUCGUUAUCUACAAGAAAAGCUACCAAUGUCAAUGUCGGUAUCAGUGGCGGAAGCAAUCAUACCGAAAACAUCAACCAUGCUGAACGAGCAUUGGCUCAACCGUAGUAUUCCGCUCGACUUGGAGGACAUACAGGGGUUCGAGAGCACUUUGAUUCGCGUGACCGAGUUCACUGGGGCAAUUGAAAACCUUGGUUGGAAAGGUCAAGAAGAGCUCGUUUCGUGGGUCAACCAGUUCCCUCGUCUUUGGCUUACCCGCCGCAGGGUAGAUUCCCUGGACCAAGUCCGUAAGAUACUUGUCCAAAGUAAGGGCACUACGAAGGAAGUCCAGAGAGUUGAGAAAGAGGUUGUGACAAGCACAGAUGAUGUCCUUCUAGAUACUGGUGUGGCGGAUGACUGGGACGCUAAUUGGGGCAACGAAAGCGAAGGAGAAGCCGAGGAAGCAGUGCAAACUACGACGACAACCGAAGUCAAAGCAGAUGAUGAUGAUGAAGACGUCGAUGCUUGGGGAUUAGGAGAGGAAGAAGAGGAAGAUAAUGCAAAGGCCAAUGACGAUGAACAUGAUGAGGAUGCCUGGGGCUGGGGUGACGAUGUCGAUGAAGUGCCUGGCACUGAAAACCACGAACCUGUUGUCGAAACUCAGCCCCCAAUCAAGAAGCAACAUGAGACCCCCCCGGCGGAGAAACGCUCGGCAACCAAGGAGAUCACCUUGACGGAACAUUAUACGAUUACCGACAUUCCGGACUCGGUAAUUGCGUUGAUCCAACAACAGGUUACAGAUUCUGCUUCCUUGGCAACUCCAGAAUUCUCUUCCAGUCGCGUUUCGGCUUCAGGAAACGGUCUGUUAGCGUUGCCGACCCUGAUAAUAGCCAUGUUCAAAGCCAUUGCCUCAUCAUUUUACUCAUUAAAAUUGAACGCCGGUCACAUCUACCUAUACAACGACAGCUUAUAUCUUGCCGAACAAGUCCGCAACCUGGUGGAAAAGCAUGAACUCACCAGACUUACAGCAGAUGUGGAGGGCUUGGAACGAUUUGGAAAACUUUCUUAUAGCAAGGAAAUGCAAACGCAGCGGACAAUUGUCACCGAUUUGCUCGAUGGAAGUCAAGGUUUCGUCCAAUGUUCAGAGCAACCAUUUUUACGUGAAUGCGAAAAUGCCAUUGACGCAACAGUUGAUCGGAUUCGUAGCGUCUUCAAGGAGUGGCAACCAAUCUUGUCUCAUUCAGCUCUUCUCCAGGCCAUGGGAUCUCUUCUGUCAUCAGUCAUCAACAAAAUGAUUAUAGACGUUGAGGAUUUGUCCGACAUCUCAGAGGCGGAAUCUCAGACAUUAGUCACUCUUUGCAACAAACUUUCGACGCUGGAAGACAUAUUCAUUCCUGAGCCAGAUGUUGGCGCUACUUCCAUGGCGGCAGUUUACGUUCGAAACUGGUUGAAGUUCCAAUAUCUGAUAAAUAUACUAGAAAGCUCAUUGGCGGAUAUCAAGUUCCUAUGGACAGAAGGAGAGCUUCAUUUGGAGUUCUCUGCCGAGGAAGUCAUCGAAUUAAUAACGGCUCUUUUUGCGGAAUCUGACCACCGACGGAGGACUAUUUCUGAGAUCAGGCGGACACACCGAUGA